AUGAUCAAUCGCGCGCUUUUGGAUGAUGCGUCCAAGAAAACAGGCUCGGCCUCCAGCCCUGUCCUAAUCGGCAUCGGCAACCACGACAACUCUGGCAGGCAGGACACAUCAGAAGAGGAUGAUUCUGAUGGAGACACUGUGCGCUUGAGUACGCCAGAAUUCUAUGAAAUUCUGAGGGAUGGAGGCACUACCAGUCCACAAAAGAAAUUCGAACUCACGAAUUCGCCUCUCAUUGUGACACUAUCCAAAGUGUAUGGCCAAACGUUCGAUUUUACUUGUUCCCCCGAGCCUGAAUCAACAGUUUCCGCCCAUCGGGAAGAAAAAAGACCUGAACUCACGGGAGCUUCCGAAGGUAAGAAAAUGGUGUUAAUUCGAAGUGGUAGAAAGUUCUUUGAACUAACCGAACUUACCACAGAAGCUUCAAAAAGAAAAGAUGAAUGUGCUACUUUGACAGUAGAGUCUCGCAUAGCAUCCCAUGGCCAGCCCGGCGUCUCUAGACCCGGCCAAGAUGGCGUGUUGGAACCAUCGAUCAAUAUUAGGCAUAUAGCGAAUGACAGUCCACCUCCAUCCUGUCAACGAGGCUCCGUCAAUCCCAAAAGAAAGCUUGAGAGAAAGGCUAAUCCUGGAGUCAGGCGAUCAAAGCGUCUCAUGAGGGAGAAAAUUUGA